CUAAUAACAUGCCCUGAAAGAAACGUUUGAAUGACACGCCACUCCAUUGUCUGUCCGCACAUAUCUACAUUCGCUUUGCAAGUCAUUUGAACAUGCUAACCAAGAUUCUCGUAUUACUUUUUAUUUUAAAACCGAAUCGCGCCUCCAUAGCCGGAGUGACGUACAUGGAUGAUUUCGAUUUCGAGCAGAGAUACAGAAACCUGCAUGAAUGCGACCCGUUUUAUUGGCAUCCGUUGCAUUUACCGGAGGAAUGCGCCGACAUGUUCGCGAAAUUGAUACGUUCCAAAAUAAAUACACCUUACACGAUCAUGAAGGAAAGAGAGCCGACAUUUACGCUCAAUGCGCUAUAUGACCAUGUGCGUGCUGAAAUUCCUUACUCUGAUACCUACGACGAUAUUAGAUACGGAUUUCGUGUCCACGACAGUAGUUUUGAAUCAUACGAUAGGUAUAGAAACGUUGAUUACGAUACGGUUCCUGUGGAGGCGCAAAUACUGGAGCUCUAUCAAUCGAGACCUCGUACACCGAUGGAUAAAUUAUUUGAGCUAAUGAGGAGGGACGUUAAAGAGAACCCGAGCGCUCCGAAGAUCACAUCAAUACCCUAUUUUGGGGGAGUGGCACUGUACAGGCAACCGGUAUCGUACAAAACCGAAGCUAUGAUUAAAAGACUGUCUGGUGCUUACGCUAAGGCUGCGUAUCAACCGUAAUACUGUAGAUGGGACCAAAUAUAAGACACUAUGACAA